AUGAUGAUUUUCUUCUGGUGCCAAGGAAACAGUCGCACGCAAACAGCAAGUGCCCUUCGCCUAAGUCGCAACGUGGUAACAAAAUUUUUUGGACUUUUGGACGGCGUGUGUUCAAAUUCGAUAGAACAAUAMGCUUCCUUCCUUCCUUUUGGCGGCCCGAACUGCGUGGUGCAAUGCGACGAAAGCAAAUUCAACCACAAGCGCAAGUACAACAGGGGAAGGCGCACUCAAGAAAUAUGGGUGUUCGGAGUGAUAACCACCGAAUAUCAGCCAGCCAGAGGUUACUACGAAGUAGUGGAAAGAAGAAAUAGAGAUACCCUUCUGCCGAUACUUGGCAGGUGUCUCCGGCCGAACAGUGUGCUGCACACCGACGACUAUAGUGCCUACGACCAGAUAGGAMGAUUCCUUCCCCAGCAAGUAGCCACUCACAGAGUGGUAAAUCACUCCCUGAAUUUUGUUGAUCCCGUGACCGGGGUACACACACAGGGAAUUGAAUCCAAAUGGAAUCAAUUGAAGCUUAAGCAGAAAGAGCGGAAGGGAAUUUCAAGAGAAAAACUGCAGACCUAUUUGAAUGAGAGAAUGUGGAGGGAAUGGAAUGGAACUGGUGAUGAGCUACUUUACAAU